AUGCUUGCACAAGAAGAUAAUGAGAAGAAUGAGAGGGUAAUAUAUUACUUAAGCAUGAGAUUCCAUGAUUACGAGACUAGGUACACUCCCAUAGAAAAGUCAUGCUUCACACUUGUUUGGGUUGUACAGAAAUUGAGGCAUAUCAUUUUACCCUUCCAAAUAUGGGUGGUGGCAAGAAUGGACCCAUUGAAGUACUUCUUUGAGAAACCUGCUUUGAGUGGAAGAUUGUUGAGAUGGUUAAUCUUAUUGGUGGAAUUCGAUUUGAAGUAUGUGGGUAGGAAAACUAUCAAGGGAAGCGUCGUGUCAAAUUUUUGUGUCAAGAAUCCCAUAGAGGGGGAGGAUGGUAAGGAGGAUUUUUCGGAUGAAGACAUUUUGGAUGUUGAAUUAGGGAUAUGGAAAAUGUACUUUGAUGGAGCUGUAAACCAAUAUGGAAAUGGGAUAGGGAUUCUCUUGAUCACUCUCGAAAGAUCUCACAUACCUUUGGCAAUCAAAUUGAGCUUUGAAGCGGCUCACAACAUGGCUGAAUAUGAAGCUUGCAUCGCUGGAAUGGAAGCUCUUCAGCUGAAGUCUUUGGGGACUCAAAUUUGGUUAUAG